AUGCGGAAAGCCCUUGUCAUCACGGCAGCAGCUAUCAGCGGCCUUUCGCUGGCAGUCUCUCUAUACCUCUCGCACAAAAAGCGAUAUCUCGCAUCACAGGUUACCCACCUCUCGAAAUGCGGCCAGCUCUCGCCCUCAACACCUCGCAACAUCUCCUCCAUCCCUCCCGAGACUUUCGGCUCAAGGUACUAUACCCUCUACGACUACGCAUCCAUUUCAGCUCCUCGUCAUAGCCUACCGGACCUCGAGCUAAAUCAACUGCUGAGGCUCCUUCUUCGCCGAAAUAUGUCUUCAUUUGCAGCCUCGCCACAGGCCCGUCUUCUUAAACUCACGGCGUCGGACCCAGAGACCCUUCGGAGCUUUGACUCGGCGCACAUAGCAACUCUUGAUUUCACCGAGGGGGAUCUGGUCUGUAACGCGUAUCGAGUAAGAUUGUGCACUGCGGAGAAGGUGGAGUUUGAGUUUUUGUUUGGAGUCCAAGGACGGUUGGUGGUCGGUCUUGAGACGAGAGAGGACAAAGUAGUCUUCCAUAACGAAACCCUUAUGUGGAGGGAGAAGGACGCGAAGGUAAAGCUUCCACUAGAGAGAGGACUAGCAAACUGGGUCCAUGAGUUGACAGCUUGGUGGAUGCUGGACUCCGGGCCUCGAGUUGACCGAAUCCAAGUCAUUCUCGCCAUCCUCUCCUCUCGUAUCCAAUCUCCCCUUCCACACGUCAAUCUAGCAACCACAACGGGAUACUAUGUGCUCAGAGCGCGUCGACGAUCUCCUCCAUCGUUUCCCGCCUCCUUUACAAUUCCAAUGACCUCCACGGCCAUCAUGCCCGCGCGAUCGAGGUCCUCUCUUCGCGUCCUGCGCAGAGACCCCAACGACACGGGCGAGAAUCCCGCGGGCGCUCAACCAUCUCCCCCCAAGCGACCCCGUCUGAAUCCGCUGCCUACGCGUCGCCGAAAGAGCUCCCCCGAUCUCCUCAAUACUACAAUCGACAGUCCGCCCUCCGCCACGAACUCUACGAAGCUCCGCCGACCGCGACCGCUCUUCGCGCUUUCCACUCACACCACUUCCUCUCCGCCACCUGGUAGCAGCACGCCUCGAGCUAGAAACCUCCGCUUGCACCAUACACCUAACUCCAAUUCUGUGGCCUUCUACUUGAAUGGUGGUCGCGAGUCUCCCGAUCCCCUCGACACAAUCUCUCCUGCUCCUGCCCCGAAAGUGAAAUCCGUCACCUCCGCCUCCGCCUCCAAAUCCGCAACUCCGAAACCCAAACCAUCUACUACUAGUAGUACGCCCACGCCCACCUCCACGGCAUACCGCCAGCGGCGCCUCACGCAUUACCUGAAGUCAAAGUUCGACCCUGAACAAGCUGCAAAGAAGUCUCCUAAACCAAAGAUUCCCCGACCGGCUCUGUCACCCGUCGCACCACCCCUGGAAGAAUCAACUCCUCAGACAUUAGCAGUACCUGUCGAAACGGCUGAUCGCGCUGUUCCGGAGAAGCGGCGGAGCCUUCGCUCCCACGAUGGCGGGUCGAGGGUGAAGAGCGAAUUGGCGCUGUACUUUCCAAAUUAUGAUCAGAUCAUAAGCUUGGAGCCUCCAAAAACAGAGCUUCUCUCGGGGAAUACAGUAAUUAAGCUGAUUGACGACCUUACCGAGCCUCCCAUUCCUCCCUCUGCCUUUUCAGGCUUCGAUGCGGACACCCCGUUUGGAAACCCUCUGGUCAAUUUACACAAAUGCGAAGUCAUAACUCUACCUGACGUACGGUCAAACAAUGAGCCUGAACCCGAGCCUGAACUUGAGGAGAAAGAGGAGGAAGAAGAAGAAACAGAAGAAGAUCCACUGAACGAAGAACACUAUUUCAAAGCUCAUAGACGGCACGAACGACAAGAGAAACAGCUCCGAAACAUAGAACGCGACCGCGCUCAGCACGAGAAGCAACAACUAGACCGACUCCUGGAUGAGCUCCAAAGCCAAGACUGGCUACGAGUGAUGGGCAUCACCUUCCCAGGCCGCAGUCUCUCAGAGCAAGAGAAGAAAAUCUACGAGCCGAAACGCGACUACUUCAUCGCGGAGAUUUCGGCUCUGCUCCAGAAGUUCAAGGUCUGGAAAGAAGAGGAAAAGCGCCGUAAGCUCGACAAAGACUACAAGCCCGCGUCGGCGUCCUUCCUCUCCGAUGCCGCCGAGUCAUCAUCAUACGCAUACGCAAACGCAAACACAAGCGCGUCAAAAGACAAAAACGAAGACGAAGAAGCCUCGACAUUCCCCGAACCAAUCUCAGAUGACGCGGACGUCGAUACCCUAGCUGCCCGCCAACUCAUCCAGGAAGCCCGUUCCGCAACAGCCGGAAAGCGAAAACCGGAGCAGCCUGGACAAUUACAACCGCCUCCUCCUGAUCCCCUCAAACCAUUCACUUCGUUCUUCGACAAGCCGCAUCUCCGCGCGCAGGCUAUGUUGGGGAAUCGGAAGGGGCGCACGAGACUUGCGUUUGGGCAUCCCGUGCCGGAGCUCGGAGAGAGGGAUUUUGAACUUCCUGGGGACAUUCUGACGCCUGAGGCGAUCAAGGAUUGUCAGAGGAAGAGGAGACGAAUGAAGAGGGAGAGGACAAGCUUGGGGUGA